CCGCCAAUAGUGGGACGAGUUUGAGCUUGAUUACUGUCAGCAUGGCAAGGCGCAAGCAACCGAGUCCAGUCGCAAGUUAUUCCCAAAAAGCGUCCGAUCCCCCACAGUUUCGCCAUGCAAAUAGCUUUAUUCACCAGUUAACGCGUGCCGUAACGGCGGUGGAACCACCUCAGCAUCACAAGCAGAAGCACGACUGCUGCCGCUGCUACUGGCAAGGCUGCCGAGAGGUCUGGACCUAGUCGAUUGUUGACGAAGUCUUCACGGUUGUCGUUGGGUUACAAUGGCUCAAAAACGGCACCAGCGGCUGCGGUGCAUCUGCAGAGAAAAAGUGCGGGGUGCAG